AUGGCAACCCAAUCGAUCCUGCUCAAGGGCGGGACCCUCCUGAUCCACGACGGCGACGACAACGUCGUGCCGACGAGGGCGGACCUCCUCAUCGAGGGCGACAGGAUCGCCAGGAUCGAGGCCGACAUCACCCCAGCGGCGUCCACCAGGGUGAUCGACUGCGCGUCCAAGAUCGUCUCGCCGGGCUUCGUCUCGACGCACGCGCACCUGUGGCAGUCGCAGCUCAAGGGCCGGCACCCCAACCACACGCUGGUCGAGUACAUGCCCGCGGGCUGCUACUCGGGCACCUUCUACGCGCCGCGCGACCUCUUCUGGGGCCAGCUGGCCGGCGCCAUGGAGUCGGUUGAUGCCGGCACUACUACCGUUGUCGACCACUCCCACCUCAACCUGGGGCCUGACUACCCCAAAACCGCAAUCCAGGCCCUCAGCACCUCGGGCCUGCGCACCGUCUAUUGCUACUCCCCGCCGAGGCGCAUAUCCUCCUUCUCGCCACUAAAGCUAGAGGAGGAGCCCGUCCCCUCGCCAGAGGCCCUCGACGCCUUCGCGGCCCUGGCGGCUCCGUCCAACCCCCACGGCAACGGCCGCGUGACGCUCGGCUUCGCCCAGGACAACAUCUACCUGCCCCCUGCGACGCUGCAGACCCUCUACGCACGGCUACGCGGCGGCGAUGGGGCGAACCGCGCGCAGCUGAUCACCACCCACGCGCAGGGCGGCCCCGCGUUCGGCGGCCGGCCCCCGGCGGUGUCGAUCCUGGGCGCCGCGGGCCUGCUGGGGCCGGACGUGCUGCUGAGCCACGCCCCCGGGCUGGCGGCUGAGGACGUGGCUGCGCUCACGGCCGCGGGUUCGUCCGUGUCAAGCACGCCUAACACGGAGAUGCAGAUGGGCAUGGACCCCGUGGCGAUGUACAGGAGCGUGUACGCGGGGCGCGUGGGGAGCCUCGGCGUCGACUGCCACACGUGGGGGACCAGCUACAUGCCGACCCAGAUGACGCUGGCGCUGCAGGCGCGGCGGCUCGGGAGGGCGGGGGAGGUCGGGCGGGAAGGCAAGUGGGUGAGGCGCGUGGAGGGGACGGCCGCGGAGGUGUUCAACCUCGGGACCAUUUGCGGUGCAAGGGCGGUGGGCAUGGCGGGGAGUAUUGGCCGGCUGGCUGUGGACUUCAAGGCUGACGUUGUCGUGUUCGACGGGCUGAGCCCCGGCAUGGCGGCCGCGGCUCAGGAGGACCCUGUCGCUGCCGUCGUGCUUCACUCGAGCAUCCGGGACGUGGAGGUGGUCAUUGUCGACGGUGUGGUGAGGAAGGAGGGCGGGAGGCUGUCCGAUGUCGUGGUCGAGAGCGCGCCCGAGGGCCUCAAGGAACAGAGCGUGUCUCCGGGGACAAUCCUCAAGUGGCAGGACGUGGCGAGGGAGAUCCUGAGGAGCCGGGAUGCGCUUCAGGGCCAGUUUGAGGGCGUUGAGUUCGCCAAGGCCGAGGAGGAUGUGAUUGACAUGUGGCACAUGAACCGGUCAGCCAUGGUUGAGAAAUGA